CCUUCGUGCACGGAGAAAAAAAAAAUCCUUGGAUCUGUGAGGUGUCCAAUUCCUGUAGAGAAGAAAGUGUUACUUCCCCUUUAAGCCUGGCGCCGUUCGUGUGUGUGUGUGUGUGCAGUCCGUGUGUGUGAGUGUGUGUGUGUGUAUGUGUAUGUGUGUGUGUCUCCUCCUCUUUGAGUGACACAGCACUUAGAUAUGCCUAUCAGUAACUUAAACCCCACAAACUCCACCUUCUAAGUGAGGAAGCUGUGGGUUGAUGGAAAUGUAGUGAGCAGAUCGAGACAGACGGUGAAUCAUUAGCAAACUGCAACACCAGGAUGAACUUGUCUGGAACCUAGAAGGAGAAAACAGGCUGCGAGUCCUCUGCGGUGCUGGGUUUGUUCAAUACAGCCAAAGUGGAUCUAAAAGCUGGUUGAUCCCCAGUCCAAGAUGCUGCUGGUUUCCCAGCGGGUAGAAGCACCACGGAUGGAGCCACAUAUUCCAAUGCACAGGUACGCGGAAAGUGAGGGUGAGUGCUGCUGUUGCUGUAAAAGAUGUGGAGAUCAUUUCAUCCUCAAAAGAGAAAACUGUGAGUGGAUACACAAAGAACUGCCCACUGAAAUCAGCAGCAAAGUUUCCAGUUGUUUCACCAGCUAAGUUCCAGUUAGAAAACUGAAUACAGAUUGUUCUGAGUAUAGAAUAUCCUAAAGACAGAUUUCAGACAGGAAGAGCCCAAGUUCUGCUUUUAUUUUAAAAAAAUAUUACUGAUGAGCACUGAGAUACCCAAACAGAAAUAUGUUUGAUGCAGUGGAGAGCCUGGAUCAAAUGACAUCUGCAGUUGGUGCUGGAAUGUGGCAAAAUGGGUGCUGGGAGGACACCAGCACAAAGGAACCCCAGAAACAGUUACAGGGAUCCAUUAAAAGAAAACUGGAAGAUGAUAGCUCUCCUGCUUCCAAUGGUGUGCCUGAUGUCACUUUCCCAAAUGACAGUAAAAGACUUUGUCUUGAUGAUGUAAAUCUCACCAUGGGCCAAGGUGCCAGUCCCAGCAUGGCAUGUCCAGAAAUGCAAAGUUCUUCAUUCUCCACUGGUCAUAACACGUCUUCCCUGGGAGUCACAGGGCACCCAGUGCUCCUUGAAAACAAUCACAUGAAUGGUGGUGGCAUUGGCUCCCCAUUCACAGUGCCAUCCAACACAGAAAUAAAUCAGAAGGGGUCAAUAGGAGGGCAAACCAACAACAUUGUCCAUUAUGAUGAGAAAGGAAACAGCUUACAGUCUGUGGACCAAGAGCUGCAAGAUCUAUUGGAAGAGCUGACCAAAAUGCCUGAUCCUUCUCCUAAUGACCUGGAUCUGGAGAAGAUUUUGUGCAGCAAAGCUGAAGAUCCUCUUGGUCUGAGUCAUUCCCAACCAAACAUAAGUACCACUCCAAAGUCCUCCCCACAGACUUCCCACCUGGAGAACCAUGUUGCUAGCAAAGAUUUUUCUCCAGGCUGCAAUCCAACCAGUGGAGGAUCCCCUCAGAUGAGACCAUCAUCUGCUGGAGCUAACUUCCAAGUUCCUCCCUCAAACAAACCUGCUGCAUCACCCAUCUCUACAGCAGCUCAGAACAAAAGUCAGCCUCCACCGAUGCUCCCAGUACCCUUGCCCAACAUGCCUGGCUCCAACUGGCAUGCUCAGCAGCUAAAGCAGCUGGCAGCCAGCAAGCAGGUGUCUGGUACCAAGCAACAAGUACAGGGUCCCAGCUGGACAACUGUGUCUCCUCCUGGUCUCUCCCCGCCUUACAGGGCAGGAUCAUCCCCACAUCAUCAACCUUUCAGUCCUCAAAAUGUUAUGGUGUCUGGCAUGCCUGCUAAUAAUUUACCAGGAAACAACAUUCAGAGUCCUCAAAACACUCUGCUUUCAAGCAUGACUUCCAGCAGCACCCCAUCCAAUGGCCCAUCUCCCCCUUACAGCUCUGAGAAGCUCUCCAGUCCAGCUCUGAGCCAGCAGCCCUUCAGUCCUCAGAGCUCCAUGCUACCUGCUCUGACAUCAGCCAGCUUGCCAGCCAGCAGCAUUAAAAGCCCACAGAACAACUUGGUUGCCAGCAUAGCCUCCACAAAUACUGGACCUUCUCCACCAUACAGGCCAGAAAAGCUGUCAAGCCCUGCUCUGCAUCAACAGCCCUUCAGUCCUCAAGGUACAUUAAUCUCUAACAUCACUUCCAGCAGCAACCCCACAAGUAUGCAGAACUCACUUUUUAAAUCAAUGACUACAAACCAGACCAAAAAUAUGAACAUAAUUAUGCAACAACCAUCCAGUAGCUUACAGCCAGGUCUGCUGAAUGAGAGCUCUGUUAGCCAAGACCAGUUUUCUUUCAACAACACCAAACCACUGUCUCACUUUGCUUCGGAGUCAGCUACUCAAAAAAUGUCCCCUCUGACAGCAGGACAAGGACAGCAGUCCCUCAUUCACUAUCUCCAGCAGCAGCAGCAGCAGCAGCAGCAGCAGCAGCAGCAGCAGCAACAGCAGCAGCAGCAGCAGCAGCAGUCUUCAGCCACGCAGCAGUCCCAGCAGACCAACAACAGCCAGUUUCUCCAGCAGCAGUUCCGACAGUUGAUGCAGCCACAUCAGAUGCAGAGACAGAUGCAAGCUGCCACACUGCUAUCUCAAAGCAGACAGGAUCAAAAUCCUGGAAUUGCUGCCAGAUUGCAGGAGCCAGGCUCCAUCCCAAGCAGUGGUUCUGUGCCGGCACCAGCCACGGUCAACGGGUACACGAUGAGAAACCAUUUACUGAAGCAGCAAAUAAUGAAACGGCAGCUGAUGCAGGAAAAGCAGAGACAAAACAUGCUGGGAGUAACAUCUGAACAGAGAAGCUUGUUUGUGGCUCAGCAGAUAAACCAGUUUCAAGCCAUGCAGCAGCCCAUUCCUGCUGACUGCAACCAGGUGAUCCCAGCUCCUCUGCCCAACCACCGCAUGCUGCCGUCGAACCCAGCAAUGCUCCAGAGCACUUUGGGCUCUGGCAUGGCCUCAGCCACUGCCAGCCAGAGCAGCGGGACAAUGGUGAUGAUUCCACACAACCCUGGCAAGCAGCAGGGGAUUUUUCCACCUAAUUCUGACUUUAACAUCCAGCUGCGGCCAAGCCAAAACUCACUAGGCAUGAACUCAGGGUGCCAAACUGUUCACUCCACUGUGAAGCCAGGAAUGCCAAUGGGAGGGUUCAGUUCUGGCUCCUUAACAAAUCACUCUGCAACACAGCAACACUUGAGGCAGCCAAGCAUGCCAAGAAUCCCCAAUGUCUACCCCAAUUCAUCUGCCCAGAUAUGGACGCCAACUACUGUGCCAAGAAUGCCAAAUCAAAGCCAAAUGGAUACCAGCAUGCAACAGUUUUCUGGGAGCACGGUGUUCUCCAAACAGAGCAUGAGGCCAAGCACACCAGGUCAGGCAUUCUCCCAGCAGGCUGUGGUGCCACCAAAUCAGAUUGCUCCCAGCAUCCAGGUCAGGCAGAUGCAGAAACUGAGCAUGGGACAGUCUGGCCAGGGCUUGAGCUCAGUGAAUAAUCAGAACUUGAAAAACAGCUUAACCAGGGGACCGUUGCCAACUAUGAAUGUUAUGAAAUCGGUGUCCCAAGGAGUGUCCGGUUUUAACCACCUCAAUCCUGCCCAAGGCCUCGGCCCAACAAGUUACCCUUCCACUGUCCAGCCCGACGCCUUCAGCAGGAUGAGCACCACCACUGAGCUGCCCCAGUAUGACUUUGUGUCCCAGCACAGCAAUUCCAUCAUGCCUGCCAACUGCAAUGACACUGAUUUCCUUGACUCCCUCAUGAAGAACAGCAGCAGCAACGAUGAAGAGUGGUUGAACAAUCUGACAAUGAUAGAUGACAUUUUGGGACAGCACACUCAAAGCUCUGGACAUGUUUAGCUUGGAGAGAAGCAGCCUCAUUGUAAAUGAUACACAUAUGGCUUUGAACAGAACAGACAACCCAUGAAAGCCAUUGUGUUGUUCAAUACAGAGGGAAUAGACUCAGCCAAUUCUUUGCCUGCAUCAAAGUGUAAUAUUGGCAGUUUUUCAGAUGACUGUAUAUAUUUGAAUAUUUUGUAAAUUAUGUUUUCCUAAACGUUAAAUGUAGAAGUAUUUAUACUUCUUUGCUGGACUCCUUGUAAAUAAAUCUGGAGCAUAACUUUAGGUUUUAUUAUAGGGAUUUCAUUAUACCUUGUUAUAAUAUAAAUAUGUAAAUAAUAUUGAUAGUUUCAGUAAUACUGUGUAUUACAGCAUAAAAUACUUAUGUUUUUGACAUAACUUAACACAUGAUCUAGGGGUGUCAUUGCAACCAGACUAAGUAGAAGUCAAAUGUGGCACCUAUUCUCCCAUAUCAAGAGGAAAGAGUGAAAAGUUGCAUUAAAAAAAAAUAAAGUCCCUAAAAGGAGCUGCUGAUUCCCUCGUCACUUAGUGUUGAAGACAAAAAUUGGUACAUAGGUCCUAUCCAGGCACCAGUGCAUUCAGGGAGCUGCUUGCAGACAUCCAUUUGCCAGAUCCUGGGCAUGUUCUCAGCUUGAUACGCUCCAGUAGGUUGCUGUGCCACUGACAACACUCCAGAAACUGUCCUGCAGGGAGUGUGUGCUUGUGACCGUCCAGCUGCUGACAGGUGUGUGCCUGGGGUCACAGGUUCACCAUGGUGUGGCCCAUGGUGGCCACACUGGACAGGAGGUGCUGGGCAUGCACUUCCCAGCUUCCAGCCACUAAUCCCUUCAGCAAAAAGGUAGCUCUGGUUUGUGCACCUCUGCCAUGUGUAUUUGUAGUGUACAGGUGAUUUGUUCCUGGUUUUAAGGCUUUUCAUAAUUUCUGUUUUAAUGUAAGACUUUUUUCAGGGGAAAAGUCUAUAAACAUUAAUAGUUAUUUUUUGAUGUUUUUCUGCCAGCUACUAUUGUCCUCUGUAUAUUUAAGAGUCUGUUUAUAAAAGGUUCGCUGUACUGUAAACUUCUUAAAAUGUUCAUACUUUGUGUAAUCAUAUUUUAAUAGUCACAUCAUACUUUGCAAUACAUUUGUAAUAUAACGUCUGCUUUAAGCACAGAAUGUUUUUUUCUUCAUACCAUAAUAAACUGCCAGGGGAAAAUUGGU